AUGGACAUUUUACCAAGUCAAUUCACUUCCUUGUGGCUCUGCGGUCUUUGGGAAGACAAUGUUAAAUCAACACUCGAGAGAAAAUGCUAUAGAAUAAUAGUAUUACUAUUGAUUCAUUGUUUCACACUAUUGGAAAUUGUACAAUUUUUUCGCACUUGCGAAAGUCUUGAGCAUUUUGUUGAAAUUUAUCCCUCACUCACAUUCAUUAUAUUCUGUUGGAAGGUUGUUAAUUUUAUAACAAGAAAAAGUGACAUGAGAGGAAUUUUAAAUGAAUUUCGUGAUCGUUUAUUUAAACCAUUGUCGAAUGAAGAGAAGGCAAUUGUUGAUAAAUACUUUAGGAAAUCGCAAGCAAUUUUUAAGUUUAUUAUUACAAUUUUUACAUUUUGUGGUAUAUCGAUAGCAUUGACGCCACUUUUGAAUUGGAAGGAGAAAAUAGAAUUGCCAUUCAAUCUCUAUUAUCCAUUUGAUGUAUCGUCGCCGAUUAUUUUCACGAUAACUUAUGCUUUUGAGUCGCUAUUGAAUUCAUUCUCGAUUAUUAUAAAUGUAACACUUGACACGACAGUCUAUGGAUUUAUGUUAAUAACAAUUGGACAAUUUGAAUUAUGUGCGUAUAGAUUAGAAAAUUCGUCGGAGCAACAAAUUGGCAUUACAAAGGAAAAAAUUAAAGAAUACGUGAAUCAUCAUGUUUUAGUUUUGAGAAUUGUCAAGGAAAUUGAAUCAUUUUUUAUGGUUGCGAUAUUGCCAUUCUUUCUUCUUAGUCUCUUGACAUUUUGUACGAUAAUUUUUCAAAUGGCACAGCAGGAAAGCUUACUGAAUGGGAACUGGUUUCAAUUUAUCAUGCUGAUACAAUACGUAACGUGUGUGCUGUCGCAAAUAUUUUUGUACUGCUGGUACGGUUGUUUAAUUGAUGAAAAGAGCAAGGAUGUUUCAGCGGCUGUUUAUUGUAGCAAUUGGGUGCAAUCGAAUUAUUCCAAUCGGAGAAAUUUGUCAUUAAUGCUAUUGACAGCUGAGAGAGGAUCCUCAAUUUCUUUCAAGAGCUUGUGUACUCUUAAUCUUCAAACUUUCGGAUGGGUUAUAAAGACAUCUUACGCUGCUGUCAACUUGUUAAACAAAGUCGAUAUUUCGUAAAAAAAAUAAGCAACGGGAACUUAUUUUCAGAAAUCUGAGCUCUAAUUUAAAACGCCACUAAAAUUACAACUGUCGUUAUAAUUUGCGACUUGCUCCGAAGAAAAAAAAUUGUAAUAACAAACCAGAACCUUAUAUAGAAUGAUUUGCUGCUUUAAUACCUUUUUCGGAACACUUCAUAUUUAAAAAAAAAAAAAAGUAAAAAAGUUUUAUUUAUUUUCCUUUCCAAGUUCGGCUUAUAUAGGAAAUACUAAAACCACUAGGAAAUAAAAUUAAAAAAUAAGACGCAAAUAAUUUUUUUUUUCACCUUUGAAUAAAUUAAUUA